UUCUUUUCUUUUUUUUCUUUUUCUAAAGCUAUUCCUUUCUCUCUCUGCUUUCUCUCCCAUUUUCCCGCCGGAGAGCUUCUCCGUUCGCCGGAGAACUAUCGGCGGAAAAUUCUUUAUUUCUCGCUUUUCAAUAGUGUUCCUAAUUUCACCGGUGAACUGUCUCCGUUGAACGUUUUCGUGUCGCCGGAAAACUGCUUGUUCGCCGGUGUUCAUUGUCGCUGGAAAAUAUACAGUCUCGCAGAUACUCUAUAAUAGUGUACCUUAUUCCUGCACGUAUUUGGAGUAAUCGAGCUGUGGAAUUGUUGUGAUCUCUGAAUUCAACUCGGUUUAUGCAGUAUUUGAGGUGGAAGGGAUUGUCCACAUGUCAAGGGAGGCUAUACUGGAAUUUUUGAAGCGAAAAAGGCUUCAACGAAAGAAAGAAGUAUCUGUAGAUGAUUCAACUAAUGUCACCAAUACGAUGAGUAGAAGUGGAGGAGAUGCCCUAAGGUCUUCAGCUUCAUGUGGUGCUAGAAUUCAAGUACGCCCUGAUAUGCAUUCAGGGUCUGGGACUUCUUUAAAUGUACGAGAUGCUUUCUCAAAGCACAAGGUUGCCAAGUUUGAUACGUCUGAUCCUGAUUGGACCGAUAAAAUUCCAGAAUGUCCAGUUUAUUAUCCAAGUAAAGAGGAGUUUGAGGAUCCUUUAGUUUAUCUCCAGAAGAUAGCACCUGAAGCUUCUAAAUAUGGAAUAUGCAAGAUUGUUUCCCCAAUCACGGCUUCUGUUCCUGCUGGAGUAGUUUUGAUGAAAGAGAAGGUUGGUUUUAAAUUUACAACAAGGGUACAGCCACUUCGUCUAGCUGAAUGGGAUACAGAUGACAAGGUCACUUAUUUCAUGAGCGGGAGAAACUACACAUUUCGUGAUUUCGAGAAAAUGGCGAACAGCGUUUAUGCUCGUAGGUAUUGUAGUGCUGGAUGCCUUCCUCCUACAUAUAUGGAAAAAGAAUUUUGGCAUGAAAUAGCUUGUGGAAAGACUGAGAGUGUUGAAUAUGCAUGCGAUGUUGAUGGUAGUGCAUUUUCAUCUUCUCCCAGUGAUGAACUUGGAAAAUCCAAAUGGAAUAUGAAGAGAUUUUCUUGCCUACCUAAAUCAGUACUUCGGCUACUUGAAAAAGCAAUCCCGGGAGUUACUGAACCGAUGUUGUACAUUGGGAUGCUAUUUAGUAUGUUUGCCUGGCAUGUCGAAGAUCACUACUUGUACAGCAUCAAUUAUCAUCACUGCGGGGCAGCAAAAACCUGGUAUGGUAUUCCUGGUCAUGCAGCACUUGACUUUGAAAAGGUUGUCCGAGAGCGCGUCUAUAACAAUGAUAUCUUAACCGCCGAUGGAGAGGAUGGGGCUUUUGAUGUGCUUUUGCAGAAGACAACAUUGUUUCCUCCUAACAUUUUAUCAGAACAUGAUGUUCCUGUCUAUAAAGCAGUCCAAAAGCCUGGUGAAUUUGUAGUUACUUUUCCAAGAGCGUAUCAUGCCGGAUUCAGCCAUGGUUUUAACUGCGGGGAGGCUGUAAACUUUGCUACUGGCGAUUGGUUUCCAAUCGGUUCAAUUGCUAGCCGCCGUUAUGCACUCCUGAACAGGGUGCCUCUACUUCCCAAUGAGGAACUUCUCUGCAAAGAAGCAAUGCUUUUGCGUACGGAUUUGGAACUUGAAGAUUCAGCUUAUUCCUCUGCAGACUUGAUCACCCACCAUAGCAUUAAAGUUUCUUUUGUGAAUUUGAUGCGGUUUCAGCAUCGUGCUCGUUGGUGCUUCAUGAGAGUAAAAGCAUUUUCUGGAAUAUCAUCAUUUUCACAUGGCACCAUCCUUUGCAGCAUAUGCAAUCGUGACUGUUAUGUAGCAUAUCUGAACUGCAGCUGCUAUUCACAUGCAGCGUGCCUUCGCCACGAUCCUAGGUCACUUCAUUUUCCUUGUGGCAGCAGUAGAACCCUUUGCUUAAGGGAAGACAUUUUGGACAUUGAAACUGCAGCUAGGAAGUUUGAGUUGGAUGACAAUGUUUUGCAUGAUGUUGAGCACUAUAAAGAAGGUAGUGGCUUUGCUCUCCUCUUGAACAUGUUUCUGCAAGUUGAAGAGGAAGGAUAUGUUCCAUAUUGUGAAAUAAAUUUUGAAUGGACAGUAAAAGCUGAGGACUGGGUAGAACAGACAUUUGAGCAAGCUUCCAAUGCUUCUGCCUGUAGAAUUGAACUUGUGCCCAGUACUGGUUCGCCGAUGGAGCGGAAAGACUGCUUCCCCACUAGUGUUAAUGAAAAUGCUUAUAACUCACACGUAGGAAACACUGUAUCUAUGAAGCCUUUUAGAGACAUUUCUCUGUGUAGAAGUGAAAGAUCAGCUUGUUCACCUAGUGUUGAAUAUUUAAAAGCACAUGAAAAAGUAGCUCAGGUUUCAGAUGCUAGAGCUUUUAUUGACCAAGACAAUGAUGAGUCUGAUACGGAAAUUUUCAGAGUGAAGCGACGUCAUAGAGCAGAACAUGGAAAUCGACAUGAUUCAAUAUCCGUUAAUGUUGAGCACCAGGGGUACAAACGAUUAAGGAAACAUCAAACUGAAGGACGGGUCCGACCAUUGUAUUCAUCAGAACGUUCCGUGGCUGAAGAUGUAAGUCAUAGUUCCAAUGCUAAUUCAAGCAAUUCUAAGGAAGACAAGUCGAACAGAGGUGGUACAGUUCCCAUCUCUGUUAAGUUUAAGAAAGGGGCUAAUGAAGAAGCAUCGAGCAAGCAAAAUGAGCAUAAAAGAGAUGAGAAGUUCGGGUAUGAGUUGGGUAAGACUGUGGGGGAACCACCUCCAAUAGAGAUAGGACCAAAGAAACCGAAAGUCAAGGUCCCUCAGCAUUUAAGUUUGGAGGAAGAACUGAAUAGCUCAUAAAUCCAACUUUACUAACACACAUUUUCUCUGAUCGAGAUCUAACGAAAGGAUGAAAAACUAAAUAUUUAGGGACAGCAGCAAUGCAGCUGUUAACCAAAACUUAGAUUCAGGAGGUACAUUUUCUGUGCAGGCCUCUAAAUUGGGCAAACGGAGUGCUGAUUGUUCUUAUGGUUCUCGGGCCAAGGUGUUUUUCGCUUUGGCAGGAGAACGUCUCUCUCUGCAUUGUCGACAGAGUUAACAAUACUUAGUGGAAUGGCCAAAGUGCAUGCAAGUUGGUCUGCACACACGACUGUUAUUUAGAAAAGGCCUCUUUCCUUUGCCACGAGCAGAUAACAGGUUCGUGUUAGGUACUUCACUCAUGUACAUUUUGUUAUUAACAAAUUGGUCGAUUCUUGUGAGGUCCAAUGUCAAAUAUCAGGUUAGGUUAGGCCUCUGAUUAAAAUGUGACAUCUGAUAUCUCCCUGUCAAUGAGGUCAUUAUUCUUUUUUAUACCCAAGAGUCCUUUUCACUUGGGAAGACUACAUGAAUAGUUACAAAGAAAGUUGUUUCACUUGACCACAUUUAUAACAUUUUGCCAUUUCUUAAGACACUGUUGUUGCUUCAA